AUACGCAUGCGUUCUUUGCUUAGCAACGGGACUCAUAAUAAGCCUUCUUUCUAGCUGACUGAAAUCAAAAGAAACUCUACAGAACAUAACCUAAAACAAGGAAAAAUUGAGAGAAAAGUCGUUUUCAGAAAUAAUUGUUGCAAUCUGAAUUCAGCUGAUUCAAGAUGGGUCAGACCCUGACAAGAGCAGCGAAGUGGACAUCAGCCAGUGAGGGCGGUGAAGGAAAGCUGGAAUUCACACCAGUCAAUGAGAGUCUUCUCAAUAGCAUCAUCAAGUUCGUAGAGCCAUUCCCCUCCAAGCAUCCAAACGAAGCCUGCCUCGUCUUCAGAAACCCUCUACAAUGGAGAACCAAUCUUGAAGCAUCGGCUUUCUCUGGAGACUAUGAACACAAUGAUGAUGGUGUAUGUUCCAAUGCAACUGAUAAAGAUGAGCAGCCACUGCUUCAACUUCAGAAACUUGGUGAGCUACACUCCAAGCUUACCGUUCGAUCUAUGGAGCAGCUCGCUGCAGUUCUCAGGGUUGCUGGAGAGAAGAAGAUGAUAGAGACGAGGGCUAUCUUAGAAAGCAACAGAGAUCCGCUCGCUAAGAUCCUUGGCGAAGGCUUUGCUACGGUAGAAGGAGAGGACAACUCGGCGAUAAGACUGUUAGAGGAAACCCAGAAAGAUGACUCAGAUGAGGCUCAAGAGAAGAGAUUGAAGGUCAAACUUCUUCUUCUUAUCAAAGACUUUGACAUGCAGCUUAUGAACCAAUAUCUCUCAGAGGUUUCAGAGGAUAUUCGUCUGACUCCACAGCAAGUGAACGAUGAGGUGGAACUACUUCACAAGUUCAGUGGUGAUGACAGUCACUGCGCCUUGGAGUCAAUCUGCUUCUCAUCUGACUACCAGUUUGAUAAUGGUUGCCAUGCCCCGCCCUGGAGACAGGUCCAUGGUGAUAUUGGCUAUCUGCUCAUCAAACCUCAUGAUGCCGACCAGAUCUCAGUGACUGCCAAUACUGCUGGAAUUUAUGAAAACAAGGGCUGUCAAAAAGAAGGUGAAGAGAUGGACUACGAACGAGUUGGUAAUAUCUAUCGCAGCCUUGUUGCCCUGCUCUCUUCAAAGAGCGCCAAGUUCAAGCAGGUUAUCGACAGUAAGGAAUUUCAACUGCAGGGUGAUAAUAACCCCGAGCAAAUCAGCAACUACGAAGAGGAUUUUGACGAGGAGGAUGGUACGGGGGAGAGAACAGCAAGAGAAGAGAAGAAAGAAGAGAAGGAAGAGGAAAAGAAAAAGAAAGAGAGAAAGACAAGAAAGAAAACUAAACCAGUCAAGACCUCGAAACAAGCCACACUAAACUGGAAAAACGAUCUAAACAAAGAGAAAGAUGACGAUAAGAAGGAAAAACAGGAAAAAAUAUCAAGACAGACGAGUGAUCGGUUGAAGUCCAAGACCCCUGCCAUGGAAGACGACUUCUCCUCCAGCUCUUCGGAGUCUGAAGAGGAGGAAGAGACAACGGACAGGAGACAGGAGCAGAAUUCAGAUCUUCCUUCCGAGUACUGGCAGAUUCAGAAACUUGUCAAAUACCUGAAGGGAGGUAACCAGACUGCUACUGUGAUUGCAUUGUGCGCCUGUCGAGAUUUCAACUUAGCUCAAGAGACCUGUCAGCUAGCAAUCAGAGAUGUCGGUGGACUGGAGGUUCUUAUCAACCUUCUAGAGACUGAGGAGAUCAAAUGCAAGAUUGGUGCACUCAAGAUCUUGAAGGAGAUCUCUCAAAAUACCCAGAUCCGUCGGGCAAUCGCUGACCUGGGCGGACUUCAGACCAUGGUGAAAAUCCUGAAAUCACAUGACAAGGAGCUCAAGUGCCUAGCAGCGGAGACCACUGCCCACGUGGCCAAGUUUAGGAGAGCCCGUAGGACGGUCAGACAGCAUGGAGGCAUCAGAAAGCUGGUUGCACUCCUUGACUGUGCACCACUUAGUUCUGGGUCUGUCUCUGCUGAAAUGGAGAAGGACAUCAGCGUUGCCCGCUGUGGGGCGCUUGCCCUUUGGAGCUGCAGCAAGAGUACCAAGAAUAAGCAAGCCAUCCGGAAGGCCGGUGGCAUUCCUCUCUUGGCCCGUCUUCUGAAGUCGCCGCAUGAGAACAUGCUGAUACCCGUCGUUGGUACCCUCCAGGAAUGUGCUUCCGAGCAUAGCUACCGACUUGCCAUCAGGACCGAGGGCAUGAUCGAAGACCUGGUCAAGAAUCUCAACAGCGAGAACCAGGAGCUGCAGAUGCACUGCGCCAGCGCCAUCUUCAAAUGUGCGGAAGAGAAGGAGACCCGGGACCUGGUCAGGACCUACGGCGGUCUGGAUCCUAUGGUCUCUCUCCUGGACAAUUCAGACAACAAGGAACUGCUUGCUGCAGCCACCGGUGCCAUCUGGAAGUGUGCCAUGAGCCCGGAGAAUGUGAUGCGCUUCCAGGAAUUGAAGGCUAUUGAAAGGCUUGUUGCUCUGCUGAACGACCAACCAGAGGAGGUACUUGUCAAUGUUGUUGGAGCCCUAGGAGAAUGUGCAGCCCAGGAACCUUCCAACAGGCAGCUGAUUCGCAAAGCAGGAGGUAUCCCAUCCUUAGUCAACCUCCUGACGGGUACCAACCAAGCCCUUCUUGUCAACGUGACUAAGGCUGUAGGAGCAUGUGCCACAGAAGCUGAUAACAUGGGUAUUAUUGAUCGGUUGGAUGGAGUGCGGUUGCUUUGGUCUCUUCUGAAGAACCAGAAUCCUGAGGUUCAAGCCAGUGCAGCCUGGGCCAUCUGUCCCUGCAUUGAAAAUGCCAAGGAUGCUGGUGAAAUGGUAAGGUCUUUUGUUGGUGGGUUGGAGCUCAUCGUAAGCCUCCUCAAAUCAGAAGACAAAGAGGUACUGGCAAGCGUGUGUGCAGCCAUAGCAAACAUUGCCAAGGAUGAAGAAAACUUGGCGGUAAUCACAGACCACGGAGUUGUGCCCAUGCUAGCCAGACUAGCCUCAACCACGGAUGAUAAACUAAGGAGACAUUUAGCCGAUGCCAUCGCCAGAUGCUGUAUGUGGGGCAACAACAGGGUGGCCUUUGGUCAGAAUGAAGCCGUGGCCCCACUGGUCAACUACCUGAAGUCGCCCGAUGCUUCCGUCCAUUGCGCUACGGCAGAAGCCCUCUACCAACUCUCCCGAGAUCCAAACAACUGCAUUACAAUGCACGAGAGUGGUGUUGUCAAGCUCCUGGUCUUCAUGGUGGGCUCGGAGGUACCUGCUUUACAAGAGGCUGCUGCAGGCUGCAUUGGAAAUAUCAGAAGACUGGCUCUGGCCAAUGAGAAGGCCCGAUAUAAAUAGAUUUCAACCCAACCACAAGUUUUCAACCAAUUAGAAGACAAGACACAGAGUGCCUGUGACCUUUUUUACAGCACCAAGAGUUUAUUGAUUUCAUGCAGUUACUGCAUACCUUUAGAAGAACAGUUUGAAGGGACACAGGCUUUAAGAACUCAGAGAUCUUACAUUAAUUGGAACGAUACCUUGACUCUUCUAUCUUAAACUAGACAGAUUCGGGUUCAUACGACAUCAUGUAGAUGCUGAAUUUCUUUUGGGAUUUGUGAAAACAAUUGUUUGACGCAGAAAAAGAAGUUCCGAAUGUGAAACAUGGCAUGUUGUUACUAAAUACAACAAGUAAAUUAUCUUAUUUACAUGUGUGACAUUAUCGUAUGCUUUCUGGGACAAUGUUUUUGUAACUUUUAUUUUAUUAUGAUAUUGCACCGUCAAGGGAAGAGUUCCUGUUAUCCAUGCAAGAAAACUGAUGUUAACAUGAUUUCUUUUCAAAUGACUUUGUACACUCGGAAUGUAAGCAAUUUUUAUUGGUAAUAUUUUUUUCAGUCUCACUCUUGGCCAAAUUUACAGUGCCUUCCAUUUCUAGCAAUAUUUCUUCAAAUUUUCUUUUUCUCUCCCACCUCCCAUUGUUAUGCUUCUUUCAAAGUUAAUGCUUUAUGGUUCUUUGUUUUUCUUAAAGAGUUCUUAUAUAUGAGGGAUGAAAUCCCAUUUUUUGUUUCUCUUUCUGAAUAAAUUAAACACAACGUUGUUAUCUUAGAGUGUAGUGGUUUCAUGGUACACCAUGUAAAGUGAAUGCCCACUAAAGAAUACAGGGUGUUCCGUGAAACCACUAUCCUCUUAUCCUUCGCCAUGAAAAUCUUUAGAAGUUACAUUUUUAUCUCACCCGCCUACAAGCAUAUUCAUCUGGUCUAUAUCAAUUUCACUAUUUUCAUUUUUCUAAAGAAAAACUGACAUGAAUCUUAUUUGUCUUAAGAGGGGGUGGGAUUAGUGAAUUACACUUUAUACAAAAAAAUCAAACAUAUAAACAGAUAAUAUAAUUUAAACAUCAAUGGAAAAUAGUUUUUCAUUUAAUUGGUUCAUUUCAUUAAUAUGUAUGGAAAAGUCUGUAUGUAAAAGUCUACAUAAAAAAAUGUUUGUAAAUAUAUUUAUAGGUAACUUUCUACAAAAUACUUUAUUUGUACCAAUCUAUUGAAAGUGAAACAUUGAAUUUUAUUGAACACUUGUAAAGUAUAUAUGUUAAGAUAUAUAUAUUGGUAUCGUCCAGUCAGUGGCAGAGUAUGGAAAGUCAAUGAGGGUGGUAUGGAGGGGCACACUUAAAAAAAAAUAAUGAUGGAGGCAGCUACCUCCAAGCUUUUCAGAAAAUAAUCCAAAUAGCACAUGAUUCUUCGAAGAUCUAUUCCUUUUCAUACAUAUUUUGUUGUUGAAAUCAUAUGACUAGAAUUGGGAGAAGUAACAUGUGCAUCCACAACUAUCCUUCAUUUGCUAUGCCCGUGUAUAUUAUAAUAUAAAAAAGACAUGUGACAUGUUUGUAAUGAUAUUAAUUUGCAUGAAUAUAUUCUAGUGAUUGUGGAAACACUGUAUAUAUUGUAUAUGAAUAAAAUCUUAUUAUUAAUGUA